CCGGGCAGCAUGGCGGACGCAGUUCCUCAACCGGUCAAGAGAAAGCGGGAACGGGACGCUGAGGAAGCGGAGGACUCCUGCACCGUGGACAAGGAAGGAGGCGUUGGAAAUGGCACCUCUGCCCCUGUCCGCUUACCGUUCUCCGGCUUUAGAGUGCAAAAAGUGCUGAGGGAAUCUGCGCGGGACAAAAUCAUUUUUCUGCACGGGAAGGUGAAUGAGGCCUCUGGGGUCGGGGAUGGAGAGGAUGCUGUUGUGAUCCUGGAGAAGACGCCAUUUCAGGUGGAGCAGGUGGCCCAGCUCCUGACAGGCAGCCCUGAGCUCCAGUUGCAGUUCUCCAACGAUAUCUACAGCACUUACCACCUGUUCCCUCCAAGGCAACUGAGUGAUGUCAAGACGACCGUGGUUUACCCCGCCACAGAGAAACACCUGCAGAAGUACCUGCGCCAGGACCUGCACCUGAUCCGAGAGACGGGAGAUGACUACAGGAAAAUUACCUUACCCUACCUGGAGUCCCAGAGCCUCAGCAUCCAGUGGGUGUAUAACAUUCUUGACAAGAAGGCUGAAGCUGACCGGAUUAUUUUUGAGAACCCAGAUCCUUCUGAUGGCUUCGUCCUCAUCCCUGACCUCAAGUGGAAUCAGCAGCAGCUCGAUGACCUGUAUUUGAUUGCCAUCUGCCAUCGCCGGGGCAUCAGGUCACUUCGGGACCUUACUCCAGAGCACCUGCCGCUGCUCAGGAACAUCCUCUGCCUGGGGCAGGAAGCCAUCCUGCAGCGCUACCAGGUGAAGGGAGACCGCCUCCGUGUGUACCUGCAUUACCUGCCCUCCUACUACCACCUGCACGUGCACUUCACUGCCCUGGGCUUUGAGGCCCCUGGCUCAGGGGUGGAGCGGGCUCACCUGCUAGCUGAGGUGAUCGAGAACCUGGAGUAUGAUGCCACAUACUACCAGCAGCGCACGCUCACCUUCGCCCUCAGGGCUGAUGAUCCCCUGCUCACUCUCUUGCAGGAGGCCCAGCCAAGCUGAGUCACCACAGGGAGAAGAGCACAGAGGGGUAGGAUUUGAGGAGGUGGGAUUUUUAUCUCCAACUGAAUUUUUAAAAAUGUAUUUUGUACUUGCUUCCUCCUAGUAUGUGAAUAAAGUACUGGGCUCAUUCA